CCUACCUACCUACCUACCUACCUACCUACCAUAUUCCCUUUACCCUUUUUUCGCACCCUUAAGAUUAAUUAUAUCGAUGUGAGCUAGGGUCCGUCUGUUAUUAAUUAAUCAGGACGUUUGUUAAUUAAAAUUAUCUUCCUUCGCUCUCUUCGUCUUGCCUCGCGUUUCUUCAACAACUGGCGCAUGGAACGUGCAUCGAUUGUAAUCCUGAAAUAAGCUCGCAAGUUUAACCAUGUGUUCUCUAAACUGCCAUUUCUUUUUUUUUUCUUUCUUUUUCCACGUGACGAUAAUACCACGUGUUCUCUAAACUGCCAUUUUUUUAUUUUCACGUCGCCAUGACGAUAAUACUGUUUAUCGAGACGAGACUCACAAUAUUCGUGCCAAAAAGACAGCAGCUCUCUCAAAAGUAUAUUGUAUACAUACAUAUGUAUAUAUACAUAUACAUACAUAUAUAUAUACAAACAUACAUACAUACAUACAUACAUGCAUGCACACAUAUACAUAUAUAUAUGUGUGUAUAUAUAUAUAUAUAUAUAUACACAUAUGUGUACAUAUAUGUCUCCGUCUUCGAUGUUCCUCGAGAGACAUUCAACGAGUCAGCAAACUCGACGCGCGUUAAUUCGGACGCGUUAAGUUCCUUCCUUGGGAUUUUUCUACACCCACGACGUAUAUGUUAUUCGAAAAAUGAGCAACGAGCAAACUUUUAUUCCGUGUAUUACGUGUUCGUCUUCCAAUUAGAGAUUCGACAGAGAGACACCGAAAUAAAUUCUUCUUAGAGAUGAAAUUCGUUCAUAUUAUGUAUGUAUGUACAACAGAGCACAGUGUCGUACGAAGGUAUCCUACGAAAGGAGACAAAGAAAAGGAAACCAAAAAAAAAAUAAUAAAAUACCAAAGAGAAAGAGAGAGGGAGGGAAGGAGAGAGAGAGAGAGAGAGAGAGAGAGAGAGAGAGAGAGAGAAAUAAAAAAAAAGAGAAAGAAGAAGUAACUUGCGAUUGUCGAUUUCUCAUUUUUCUUACUCUCGACGUGUCGUGCAAAGGAUGUAAAUUUUACGAAUGAUACGCUCAAAUCUAAACUCCAAGCAACGAUUAAAGAAAAAAAUAAUAAAAAAAAAAAAAAAAAAAAAAAUAAUAAAAAAAUAAAAAAAUAAAAAAAUAAAAAAAUAAAUAAAUAAAUAAAUGAAUAAAUAAAUAAAUAAAUAAAUAAAUAAAUAAAUAAAUGAAUAAAAACUACGACGUUCGAAAUAAUUUACUCGCCGUCAACGAUUAACCAUCGGCGGAUCCGGCGUUGUAACAAAAAGAAAAGAAAUUCAUUCAAGAAAAAUAAUGACGCAAAAGCCUUCGGAUAUCUAUAUGUGUUGUCAUCUCGAAUCAGUUUGCGAAAAGCGCAUCUAAUAAGUGAAAUCGUUCACUCGACAAUGUGAUCGAUCGUUUUUCAGUCGUACUCGUUAUUUCGACUCUCGGAUUAGUGACGCGAGCCGAAAAAAAGAGAAAGAGAGUGAGAGAGAGAGAGAGAGAGUGAGAGAGAGAGAGAGAGAGAAAAUUUUAGAAAGAGAGAAAGAAAGAGAGAGAGAGAGAAAGAGGGGGGGAGAGAGAGAGAACUCGCCCUGUUGAUAUAUCGUCUACUUUAUGACACAUGAAAUGAUUUACCACGAAAUUCGUACUAUUGUGUUUUAGAUGACUUUAGAUUGUUUAUAUUCUAUUUACUUUGUAAAAUAUACAACACUAAUUCCAUAUUGAUAACGUUUCGAUUGAAUCCUAAUGUCAGCCCUCUUUUAUUUCCAAAAUAAUCCUUAGUGAAAUUAUUAAAUGAUGAUAUAUCGGAUCGCCUUCUAUCUAUCUAUAAAUGGAUAAAGGAAGGACUUAAUGUGUAAUAUUAUUUUUUCUUCUUCUCGAUGAAAUUUCUCUUUCUUUUUUUCUUUUUUCCUUUUUCUCUUUUUUUUUUCUUUUUGUUUUUAACGUCUCACGAUUAAUCGCAAUUUAAAAGAAGGAAAAAGAGAAAAGAAAAAAAAAAAAAUUCGAAUUAUCCAACAGGAGGUAAAGGGUAAGAGAGGAGAUAUCGAAUAUCCAGGAAUAAUGAAAAGCUUUUCAGUAUGGAGGCGCAACAUCGAAGGACAACGUUGAGCAUGCGCGAGACCGUAGCUCCUUGCAGAUACUAUGAGCGGUGGUGUCUACGGUGGUGACGAGGUCGGUGCUAUCAUUUUCGACGUUGGACAUCAGAGCCUUCGCGUUGGAUAUGGCGGUGAGGAUACACCGAAGGCUGAAAUCCCAACGAAUCUUGGCGUAUGGGAGGAUCCCGUUGAUUUGCCUGAAUGUAAUCAUACCGUCAGAAAGCAUUACAACAUCGACGUCACUGCCAUUCAAGUCCGUAAAAAGGAUAUGGAGAUGGUCAGCUUGAUGAAAGAUGGUAUGGUCGAAGAUUGGGACAUGUUCGAACGUUUAACCGAAUACACGUAUAAACAACGUCUUCAUGCUUUACCAGAACACCAUCCGAUUUUAAUGACGGAGUGUCCCUGGAACACGAGAUUGAAACGAGAGAAACUUCUUGAAUUAAUGUUCGAAAAGUUUAAUGUUCCGGCUAUGUAUAUCUGUAAGAAUGCAGUUUUGGCGGCUUACGCCAAUGGAAGAUCAACUGCUAUGGUUGUCGACAGUGGUGCGACGCAUACCAGUGCCGUUCCGGUUCACGAUGGUUAUGUUAUCACACAGGGAAUAGUCAAAAGUCCUUUGGGCGGCGAUUUUAUUACCAUGCAAUGUAGACAAUUUUUUGAAGAAAAGGAUAUCGAAUUGGUACCUGCUUGUCUUGUUGCUAGUAAAGAUGUGGUAAGAGAAAGAGAUCCUCCACGUUGGACCAGAAGACCAGGACCACAACCAACCACUUCUUGGCUAAGUUACAUGGUACGAGAAGUAUUGCAAGACUUUCAAAUGAAUUGCUUGCAAGUUUCUGACAGUCCAUACGACGAGGACAUAGCUAAUACAUUACCUAUGAAACAUUUCGAAUUUCCAACUGGUUAUAACGAUGAUUUUGGCUCCGUAAGACUCAUGAUACCAGAGGCACUAUUUGAUCCUAGUAAUGUUAAAGGUGUUGGUGCUAGUAUUCUAGGCGUUGGUCCGUUAGUAACAACAAGUGUUGGAAUGUGUGACAUUGAUAUUAGACCUAGUUUAUACGGUAGCGUCGUAGUCACAGGAGGUAACUCUUGUCUCCAAGGUUUCAGCGACAGAUUGAACAGAGAUUUGGCCAGUAAGACGCCUCCGAGUAUGAGACUGAAGAUAAUCAGCGCCAAUAGCUCGAGCGAACGACGUUAUGGUGCCUGGAUCGGUGGCUCGAUCCUUAGCUCACUUGGAUCCUUUCAACAGAUGUGGCUUUCGAGACAGGAAUACGAGGAGUCCGGAAAAUUGAUUUUAGAACGAGAUCGAGGUCUUUUAGAAAAGUGGAAGGGUGAUUUUGAAACACAACGCACAGAGAUCGAUCCACCUUGCUCGGCUCGAUAAAUCAAAUAAUAAUUGAAUCAAAAUACACGUAUAAACAUUCCAUUAUUAUCACAUACAUAUUAUAGAGAUUAGGGUAAUAAUAAUUAGCUAUAUUUAUUACUUAAUGCAUCUAAGACGAUAAGUAUCUUGCAACGACUUUUGGAAACGGUAAGAUCGACGUUUGGCGAAUGGAAAAAAAAAAAAAGAAAUGGUAACGACUAGUCAAUACGUAAAACAUUUUAUUAAUCAAAAUAUCGUUUUAUACAAUCGCCGAUGUCGUUGGAUCAACGUGCUUAUUAAAAAGGUAACGAUACAGUUCCUAUUUUAACCAAAUCAUUCGCACGUUGCUUUAUCGAAGUUCCUAUUUUUCUUCCAUAUUUUUUUAAUGCUUUUCAACAUUGAAAGAUCAACGAUAUGCAAUAUAAAAAUUUAUCGUCUGUUGAUCGAUAAAAAAAAAAAAAAUGUUCGAGUAAACUCGCGCUUUCGCGUAAGGAAAAAAAAAGAAGUCACAAAAUUGUAUAAGGAUAAUAUUUUUUAAAAAAAUCUUUGAAUGUACUUAUGAAUUUUUUUUUUCCUUUUUAUUCUUUUCUUUUUUCCUUUCUUGCUAUAGCAAACUUUCGAAGGAACAAUUUUUGCGCACGUAUACUCGACAUUUCUCUUGCGUCCAAUUUAUUGAAAAAAAAAAAAAAAAAAAAAAAA